UUACUCGUUUUUUGAACGUAUAUCCAUACUUUGACACAUAAAACCGCCAAAAGACUCCUCGGUCAUUUUUCAGGGAGGGCAUCCUCAUAUCCGGCCUCGAUCUCCGCAUUUCAAAGACGACUUAGGCCUUGACUAUAUCGAUUUCUGGCCGACCGAGAAGGGGUCGUUAUCCGGGGCUGGAGGAGGAUUGUAUAUGGACAAAAGCCCAUCGAGACACGGCAGUAUCGAACACCAUGGAUCCUGCUGAGAAGCCCCAAAACUCGCUUCCAAGCUAUCAUGAAUACCACACAGAGCCCACGAUGAUGAGUACAGACUAUCCGCCCACAGAACGAACCAUGGUCGAAGCGAUGGUGGAGGAGCCAACUUUUGACACAGAGCAGCGCGCUCGCAAGGGAUUCAGUGUCUGGCGAGUGCUGGGCGAGAGACAGAUCAACACACGUCUUAUAUGCCGUCACCUCGCUCUAACUCUGGUUAUAGGUCUCUUUCUCGGGAGUGGAAGAUCUCUAGCUGGUGCUGGCCCUGGAGGUGCUGUGCUUUGCUAUCUACUGAUGGCUACCGUUAUAUCAUCUGUCAUCUCAUGUCUAGGCGAGAUGACUGCUCUCAUGCCUGUUAAUGCACCGGUCAUGGAGUUUCCCCGGCGUUUCGUUGAUCGAGGUGUUGGAUUUGCCGUUGGUUGGGUAUACUGGUUUGCCUACGCUGUACUUGCUGCAGAUCAACUUGUUGCAGUGACUAAUUCCGUCAGAUUUCGAUAUGAUGAUGGGAAGACUUUCUUACACUGGGAAACUGGUGAAAACGUACACCCUGCGGUGUGGAUAUCACUGUUUUUAUUCCUCGUUACGAUGAUAAAUAUGCUUCCUGUGAAGUAUUAUGGCGAGUUGGAGUAUUUAUUCGGCAGUAUAAAACUUAGCUUCAUCACCAUGAUCAUCGUCAUGAUGGUUGUUCUGGAUACUAUGCAACCUCGAUCAAACGCGUACUACAAAGACCCGGUGGGGACUAAAUACUGGGACCAGCCGUUUUCAUUCAUCUGUCGGGAUUACAAAGUACGAGGAGAGGACAACGCCGUCCAGAUGGAGAUCAAGGGAACCAUGGGUUCGUUCCUGGGGAUGUGGACUACUAUCAUUAAUGUGAUAUUCUCCUACGUGGGAAUGGACAUUGUCGCUGCUACAGCUGCAGAAAGCAAAUCCCUUGCAGAUUCUGAGAGCAUGAAGAUGGCGGCCCGAAAGAUCAACCUCCGUGUCAUAACGCUUUAUACCCUCGCCAUGCUUACCUCCUCCUUCCUAGUUCCACGAAAUCAUCCAUUUUUGAACGGAAAGGCACAAUCAGUCGGCAGCUCAUCCGUUUUCCUUAUCGCUGUCGUCGAAGCUGGCCUACCUGCCGUUGCCCACUUUUUCAACGCCAUGUAUGUUUUCUCAGCAUUUACCUGCGCCAUAAACUCGAUGUACGUGGCAUCAAGAGUACUACAUACGUUGGCCUUGCGAGAACAAACCGGCCCAAGAUGGCUUACUCGAAGGCUACAAGAAUGCCAUCUGGGUGUACCCCUGAGAACUGUUUUUGCAACAGCUGGUCUGAUGAUGAUUGCAUAUAUGGGGCCUACUGGUGGUACUGGUCAGAGACUAGGAGAGCUUGCAACAAACUGCACGGUUUCAUGUUUGAUCGUAUAUACUGCAAUCUGCGGGACGUAUCUAUGCUUUUAUAGAACGCUUGAUGAAGCAAAAACCCUUGGGAACACUUCCCAGGCGCAGUCUGGUUGCUACGAGCGAGACCACCCGCGCUACCCAUACAAGUCUCACGGCCAAUGGCUUAAAGGAGCAUAUGGGCUAUUUUCUUGCCUCAUCCUUAUUAUCUUCAACGGAGUAGGGGCCUUCCUGGAAACUCCAUUCAACGUCAGGCAUUUCCUUGCCGCAUAUAUCGGAGUACCCGUGUUUUUCCUUCUAGUUAUCGGCUAUAAAUUCAAAAAACACGGAUUCCACUUCUCGAGAUGGGGUCCUGAACGCUCGAACGAUCUUCAAAACACCGUCCAGGUCACAAGCAAGACCAGAAAGGGACGGUUGGAAUUCCCAGACGAUGGUUUUACUGCAGAGAACGGAAAAACAUUCGUGAAAUGGAUAUGGGCAUGGAUGAAAUGA